UUGAAAGAACACGAAGUACAGCUAGAACAGGUUGGGAUACGAAGUUUUUGAAGCUGCAAUACUCGAGGAAAUACACUAGAUUUUGACGCCAGUUCAAAGGUGUAAAUGUCUGAAGGGGAUUCUAAGCGCAGACGUUCAGAAAAAUUGGAAGUAUCCAAAGGCAGGGCUAAAACAAUAUGUUUGGAGCCUGGCAUGUUCAAGGAUGAUAGUUUAACUUGUGGAGGAGCUGUGAAAAGUGGAGCACGUGUGAUGGUGGAACUUUCCAAGGGCAGCAAGAGGAUCUUUUAUUUGGACCGUUUAGAUAGGGAUGCUGUUGAUUGGGAUGUUUUUCCUAGAGUCAAAGCCUGGAAUAUGCAACAUAUUCGAAGAGCUUCGAAGAUGGACAAAAUGAUUUCCGGGGACUUUGGGAGGUUAGGGGUGUUGGAUGUAGCUUAUGGCGAACAACAUCCAAGGGAUGCAAGAGAUAGUGUUGGACCCUUAGAUGAGCAUAACGUGCGUAGUACAUACCUUUUGUUUUUAAUAUUCUGUUCUUUUUCUUAUAUGGUGAUGGCUUACCCUCUUUUUUCUGGACAGAUGGUGUCAAAAGAACUGGGGGUUAGUGUCCAUGUUAGGCAAAGGAGGGGGCGAACUGCAUAG